CCCUGCCUGUCAGGCCCCCCCGCCCGGCCUCCGAUGCGGAGGCGCUGCGGCCGGGGCCAUGCAGCAGGCACCGCAGCCGUACGAGUUCUUCAGCGAAGAAAACAGCCCGAAAUGGCGGGGACUGUUGGUCCCGGCCCUGCGGAAGGUUCAGGAGCAAGUACACCCCACCCUCUCAGCUAAUGAAGAGUCUCUUUAUUAUAUUGAAGAACUGAUUUUUCAGCUGCUUAAUAAGUUAUGCAUGGCUCAACCAAGGACUGUUCAAGAUGUGGAGGAACGAGUUCAAAAGACUUUUCCUCAUCCUAUUGAUAAAUGGGCAAUUGCUGAUGCACAAUCUGCCAUAGAGAAACGAAAGCGAAGAAAUCCUCUUUUACUACCUGUGGACAAAAUUCAUCCUUCCUUAAAGGAAGUUUUGGGGUAUAAAGUGGACUACCAUGUGUCUCUCUACAUUGUGGCUGUAUUGGAGUAUAUCUCAGCAGAUAUUUUGAAACUGGCUGGUAAUUAUGUUUUUAAUAUCCGGCAUUAUGAAAUAUCUCAGCAAGACAUUAAAGUGUCAAUGUGUGCAGAUAAGGUUUUGAUGGACAUGUUUGAUCAGGAUGAUGAUAUAGGCUUGGUUUCUCUCUGUGAAGAUGAACCUAGUUCUUCUGGUGAGCUGAACUACUAUGACCUUGUCAGAACUGAAAUUGCAGAAGAAAGACAGUAUCUACGGGAACUGAAUAUGAUCAUUAAGGUGUUCCGGGAAGCCUUUCUUUCAGACAGACAGUUGUUCAAGCCUUCUGAAGUUGAAAAGAUUUUCAGUAACAUUUCAGAUAUACAUGAAUUGACUGUGAAACUCUUAGGCUUAAUUGAAGACACAGUAGAAAUGACAGAUGAAAGUAGUCCUCAUCCAUUAGCUGGCAGCUGUUUUGAAGAUUUAGCAGAGGAGCAAGCUUUUGAUCCCUAUGAAACAUUGUCACAGGACAUCCUCUCACCAGCAUUUCAAGACCACUUCAGUAAGUUAAUGGCCAGACCUGCAGUUGCUCUACAUUUCCAGUCCAUUGCUGAUGGCUUCAAGGAGGCUGUUCGUUAUGUCCUUCCACGUCUUAUGCUGGUGCCAGUGUAUCACUGUUGGCAUUACUUUGAAUUAUUAAAGCAGUUGAAAGCAUGCAGCGAAGAGCAGGAAGACCGAGAGUGUUUGAAUCAGGCAAUCACUGCCCUCAUGAAUCUCCAGGGCAGCAUGGACCGAAUUUACAAGCAGCACUCACCUAGACGCCGACCUGGGGAUCCUGUUUGCCUUUUUUACAAUCGCCAAUUAAGAAGCAAGCACUUGGCUAUCAAAAAAAUGAAUGAAAUUCAGAAAAACAUAGAUGGGUGGGAAGGCAAAGAUAUUGGACAGUGUUGUAACGAGUUCAUAAUGGAGGGGCCAUUGACCAGAAUUGGUGCUAAACAUGAAAGGCACAUUUUCCUCUUUGAUGGCUUAAUGAUCAGUUGUAAACCUAACCAUGGACAGACCCGACUUCCAGGCUAUAGUAGUGCAGAAUACAGAUUAAAGGAGAAGUUUGUCAUGAGGAAAAUUCAGAUCUGUGAUAAAGAAGAUACUUGUGAGUACAAACAUGCUUUUGAAUUGGUAUCCAAAGAUGAAAACAGUGUGAUAUUUGCUGCUAAGUCGGCUGAAGAGAAGAGUACCUGGAUGGCAGCCCUCGUCUCCCUCCACUACCGCGGCACUCUGGAUAGAAUGCUGGACUCUGUACUGCUGAAGGAAGAGAAGGAGCAGCCACUGAGGCUACCCAGUGCAGACGUGUAUCGUUUUGUAGUGAAAGACUCUGAGGAAAACAUUGUUUUUGAAGACAGCCUGCCAAGCAGAAGUGGGAUCCCCAUCAUUAAGGGAGGGACCGUGGUGAAACUGAUCGAAAGGCUGACAUACCACAUGUACGCAGAUCCCAAUUUUGUUCGUACUUUUCUUACUACGUACCGUUCAUUUUGUAAGCCACAGGAAUUGCUAAGCUUGCUCAUCGAACGGUUUGAAAUUCCAGAACCAGAACCUACUGAGGCAGACAGAUUGGCACUGGAGAAAGGCGAGCAGCCAAUCAGUGCCGAUCUGAAAAGAUUUCGUAAGGAAUACGUCCAGCCUGUGCAACUUAGGAUCUUAAAUGUCUUUCGCCACUGGGUUGAACAUCAUUUUUAUGACUUUGAAAGAGACUUGGAAUUGCUUGAAAGACUAGAAUCCUUCAUUUCAAGUGUAAGAGGGAAAGCUAUGAAGAAAUGGGUAGAGUCCAUUGCAAAAAUCAUCAAGAGGAAGAAGCAAGCUCAGGCAAAUGGAAUAAGCCAUAAUAUUACCUUUGAAAGUCCACCUCCACCAAUUGAAUGGCAUAUAAGCAGACCAGGACAGUUUGAAACAUUUGACCUUAUGACACUUCAUCCAAUAGAGAUUGCGCGGCAGCUAACACUUUUGGAGUCUGAUCUCUACAGGAAAGUGCAGCCUUCUGAGCUGGUAGGGAGUGUCUGGACCAAAGAAGAUAAAGAAAUAAACUCUCCAAAUUUAUUAAAAAUGAUUCGCCAUACAACAAACCUCACUCUCUGGUUUGAAAAAUGCAUCGUGGAAGCAGAAAAUUUUGAAGAGCGGGUGGCGGUGCUCAGUAGAAUCGUAGAAAUUCUGCAAGUGUUUCAAGAUUUGAAUAAUUUCAACGGUGUGUUGGAGAUAGUCAGUGCUGUCAAUUCAGUGUCAGUGUACAGGCUAGACCACACAUUUGAGGGAUUGCAGGAAAGGAAGCGGAGAAUUUUGGAUGAUGCUGUGGAAUUAAGUCAGGAUCACUUUAAAAAAUAUCUAAUAAAACUUAAAUCAAUCAAUCCACCUUGUGUGCCUUUUUUUGGAAUAUAUUUAACAAAUAUUCUGAAGACUGAAGAAGGGAACAAUGAUUUUCUAAAGAAGAAAGGGAAAGACUUGAUUAAUUUCAGUAAGAGGAGGAAAGUGGCUGAAAUUACCGGAGAGAUUCAGCAGUAUCAGAACCAGCCUUACUGCUUACGGACGGAGCCCGAAAUGAGGAGAUUCUUUGAAAACCUCAACCCAAUGGGGAUUUUAUCUGAAAAGGAGUUUACAGAUUAUUUGUUCAACAAAUCUCAAGAAAUUGAACCCCGAAACUGCAAACAACCACCUCGAUUUCCUAGGAAAUCAAACUUUUCCUUAAAAUCUCCUGGAAUAAGGCCCAAUGCAGGCCGCCAUGGCUCUACCUCAGGCACUUUACGAGGUCACCCGACGCCUCUGGAAAGAGAGCCUUAUAAGAUAAGCUUCAGCAGGGUCGCUGAGACGGAGCUAGAGUCAGCAGUGUCAGCGCCAACGUCGCCCAACACACCGUCCACCCCACCUGUGUCUGCUUCCUCAGACCACAGCGUGUUUCUAGAUGUGGACCUUAAUAGCUCCUGUGGCAGCAAUACCAUCUUUGCUCCAGUCCUCUUGCCACAGUCAAAGACCUUUUUCAGCUCAUGUGGAAGUUUACACAAACUGAGUGAAGAGCCACUAAUUCCUCCUCCGCUUCCUCCUCGGAAGAAAUUUGAUCAUGAUGCUUCAAAUUCCAAGGGAACCGUGAAAUUGGACGAUGACCCUCCUGCUAUUCCACCAAGACAGCCGCCUCCUCCAAAGGUAAAGCCGAGAGCGCCUGUGCCCACGGCUGCACUUGAUGGGCCUGUGCACAGCCCACCUCCACCGCCUCCAAGAGACCCUCUUCCUGAUACCCCUCCACCAGUCCCUCUUCGGCCUCCGGAACACUUUAUAAACUGUCCCUUUAAUCUUCAGCCACCUCCACUGGGACAUUCUCACAGAGACCCAGACUGGCUCAGAGACGUUAGUACAUGUCCUAAUUCACCAAGCACUCCUCCCAGCACACCCUCUCCACGAGUACCACGCAGAUGCCAUUUGCUCAGCUCCAGUCACAACAAUCUCGCUCAUCUUCCAGCUCCUCCUGUUCCACCAAGGCAGAAUUCAAGCCCUCACCUACCAAAACUGCCACCAAAGACUUACAAACGGGAGCUUUCACACCCGCCAUUGCCAUUGUACAGACUGCCUUUGCUUGAAAAUGCAGAAACUCCUCAAUGACCUUGGCCACAGAUAGUCAUUGACACUGGAAUAGUAUUUGUAAAGGUUUUUAAUUUAUUCAAAAAAGGCUUAGUAUUUUAGUACUUUUUACAAAUAAUGCUCUUACAAAAAUGCUACUGAUCAAAUAAGCUUUUGAGAAUUAGAAAAAUUGUCAGGCAUGGUGGCAUAUACCUCUAAUCCCAGCACUCUGGAGGCAGAGGCAUGUGGGUUUCUGAGUUUGAGGCCAGCCUAGUCUACAGAGCAAAUUCCAGGACAGCCAGGGUUACAUAGAGAAACCCUGUCUCAAAAGUUAAAAACAAACAAACAAACAAA